AUGGCUCCCUUACCAAGUAGUGAGGCUAGUAUAUCUGAGAAUAGUGCCGCUUUCGAUAUUAUCCAGCAUGGUCACAAAGACCUAGUCCAAGCCAUAGCCUUCAACGGCUACGGCGACAGAUGCGCCACCGGCAGUGUCGACGGAAAGAUCCGCGUAUUUAACCGACAUCAAGAUGGCGUCUGGCGAUUAUGUGAUAACUGGAAGUCCCACGCGGGCGAAAUAUUAGAGCUUCAAUGGCUUCCGCCGACUAUUUAUCCCAAUCUACUAGCUUCCCUUGGUAUAGAGGGUCGCUUUAAACUGUGGGCCGAAGAUCCCUCCGCUGCUCCAGGAAGGCGUUUCGGCGCAAGAGACGGGAAUGGUAAGAAUGUGUCAGACCUUGGAUCCACCGGCCGCUAUCCAUAUAGGUCCUUUUCAGUGAAGCACGACGAAACAACGCGGUGUACCUACGUUGCCCUCCUUGCUGCUGAUGGUCAUCUCACCGUAUACGAAGGCGAAGAGCCCGAGACCUUGACAGAGUACGUCAAAUUCGAUGACUUCCAGGCCUUCGGUAAACCUAAUCGAGGGGAGGAGACGUGCUUCAAGGUUCGCUUCGAUCCGAAUCCUGAGCCUUGCUACACUGCCUUAAGAGCAGGCGUACCGACGGACGCCCUAAGCCUGGUAGUAUCGGGAUUAACUUCGGUAAAAAUCUACAGAACGCGUGACACCGUCACCAGUUCUUUCGGCGCUGCUACUAGGGGUAGGGAGUUUUAUCUAGCCAUCGAGAUCAAAGAACACAACUACUUGAUUCGGGAUGUCGCCUGGGCUCCUGGAAAUUACAGAGGCUAUGAUAUGAUCGCUACCGCUUGUCAAGACGGCAUCUUACGGGUAUUCCGAAUCGAUACCCCCUUCAACAAGGAUGAUGGCAAGUCCUGGUCCCUUGCAGACAUCCUAGGUAACUCAAGAGCGGAGGACAAUUCUGCCCCUAAAAGCAACCAUCCUCGCAGACAGUCCCAAGUUCCUUCUGGCAUACGAGCCGAGAUCGACAAGUCCGGAACGCAUGGAGAACGAACCUCGACUGACCUACCAGGACAGGUCCAACACACCGUUAAAGUCUUGUCUAAGCUCACCCACCGAUCACCCAUCUGGAGAGUUGGGUUUGAUGAUGACGGCCAAAUCCUGGGAAGCGUUGGUGAUGAGGGCAAGCUACUAUGCUACCGACAACUACCUGACGGAACUUGGGCAAAAAGUUCGGAGCUAGGAAUGAUGAAGGCUCGAAUGACUGCACCGCCCACGAAUCUGAGCUGA